ACUAGUAGUUGUACUUCGUACUCCGUAUUUGACAGUGAAAUCCGUCAAACUCGCGCGACAUGGCUGCCAUCAAGACCUAUUCGAUCCAGAACCCGUCACAUCGGGAGGAGACCGUGAAGAAGUACGGCCUCACAGAAAACGAGCUGCUAACGCUCCACGAGAGGUCCGUUGCCGCCAAGAGCAGGGCGUACUGCCCGUAUAGCAAGUUUCGCGUAGGCGCCACGCUCCUCUCCAACAACGGUCAGUGGAUCGACGGCGCCAACGUUGAGAACGCAUCGUACGGCAUAGGAACCUGCGCAGAGCGCGUCGCUUUGGGCAAAGCCGUCACGGAAGGUAUUCGCAGCUUCAAGGCAGUCGGCGUCGCCGCGGACAUAGAGGCAACGUGCAGUCCAUGUGGUGCGUGUAGGCAGUUCAUACGGGAAUUCUGUGAUCUCGAGACGCCCAUUUUCAUGUUCAACAUCAAGGGUGAAUACGCUACGAUGACGAUUUCCGAGCUCUUACCAUUAUCUUUCGGGCCGGAUGUGUUGCCUUCACCCGAAGUUCUCGAGGCCAAUCGGCCGCAGACGUGAACCUCGCCGUCAUUUAACUGCAUAUCCCAGGUAAGCCGACCAGACACAGGCUACAGCGGUUGUCAGAAGUCGCACUCUUAGAGUGCUACCCUGUUCUUUGAUUUCGGCAGCAGCGCAAGGACUUGGUGUGUUUAGCAGGACAUGUGUCCGUUGGUUCAGUUUGGAGAUAGAUGACUGGAAAUUCGGACCUCGUGUGCUAGUAAAAUACUCAACUCCC